AUGACACUAAUUUUUUUUGCAUUACGAUUGUUAUAUUUAUUAGAUGAAUCCAUAAAUUCAUUAUUUACAAUAAAAACAGAUGAACAGUGCACACAUAAGGUUACAUGCUUUGUACAGGGCCGGCGCGUGGGCGGCGCCGGUGGAGGCGGCGAGAGCGGCGAGGAGGCGAGAGCACGCGAGCUGCGUCCUCAGCGGGCGCUAGCGGCGGCGGCCGAAACGCAGGAACACGUGAUCGACGUCUUGCCUCUUGAUGACGGGGCCGUCGUACUCUGCAACAGGCGCUGGAAGAAGAGACAUAGAGUGGAGGAUGAGAAGGAAGAGGCCGGCCUGCGCGGUGGCAGCGGCGGCGGCGGCGGCGGCGGCCGCAGCGGCGGCGGAGGCGGCUCCAUGGGGGCGGAGGCCACUCCCGAGGGCAGCAGCGGCGGCGGGGCGGGCGCGGGCCGUGCCGGUGGCGGCGGGGACGUCUUAGCGGCGACGCCCGAAGCGCAGGAAGACGUGUUCGGGCCGCUCAGCAGGGCGCCGCUUCGCCAUGUCGGGCUCGACUGCAACAGGGGCGCGCCGUCAGCCGGGCGCCCGCCGCUCGCCCGCUGGCCAGCCCCGCGGCAUGCUCCGUAG